UCCUAAAGCCAACUAACAUUGGCUUUAUCCAUCCAUCCAUCCUAAAGCCAACUAACAUUGGCUUUAUCCAUUUAUCCAUAGCACCAUUAGUGGUGCUAAGCACAUCUUCUAUAGCACUUAUCCUGCACGGUCACGGGGAACCUGGAGCCUAUCCCAGGGAGCAUGGGGCACAAGGCGGGGUACAUCCUGGACAGGGUGCCAAUUCAUCGCAGGGCACAAUCACAUACACAUUCACACACCCAUUCAUACACUACGGACACUUUGGACAUGCCAAUUAGCCUACCAUGCAUGUGUUUGGACUGGGACCCUCGCAGCACGGCGAGAACAUAUAAACGCCGCACACAGGGUAGCGGCAGGAAUCGACCCCCCAACCCUGGAAGCGUGAGGCAAAUGUGCUUUGCUUCCAAACUGAAAGAAAGGGAAUAUGUGGUGAGUCAGAUUUAAGAGAAAAUAUGAAGUACAGUUUAUAUUAAAAAUUUUAAAUAUCUCAUAAAAAUAUGAGUAUAUUGCUUAAUUUAAUUUAAACAAGUAUCUAAUCUACUAGUUUGAAUUAUGUAGAGUGAGCGUGAUCUAAUCUCAUGGGGAUGUUGGUGUACACCCCUUCAUGGCAACAGUAUUCCCUAAUAGCUGUGGGCUCUUUCAGCAGGAUAAAAAACUGUUCAGGAACGAUUUGAGGAACAUGACAAAGAGUUGAAGUUGACUCGGCCUCCAAAUUCCUCACAUCUCAAUCCGAUCCAGCAUCUGUGGGACGUUCUGGACAAACAAGUCUGAUCCAUGGAGGCCCCUCCUCACAAACUUACAGGACUUAAAGGAUCGGCUGCUAACAUCUUUGUGCCAGAUACCACAGCACACCUUCAGAGGUCUUGUGAAGUUCAUAUUUAGUUUGUCGGGUCAGAGCUGUUUCCGUGGCACAAGGAGGACCUAAACAUAUUAGGAUUAGCAUCUCAUUCAGGGUGUUUUCCUGCCUCAUUCCCAGUGUUCCCAGGAUGAACACCGGAGCCACCUCAACCCUGAUCAGGAUAAAGUGGUUACUGGAGAUGAAUGAAUGAAUGAAUGAAUGAAUGAAGGAAUAUACAUCAUAAAGGGAAAUAAAGAGAAAGCAAUGAACAAAUAUGAAAAAUGAAAAAAAAAAUACAGAGAAAGUCUAUAUUAAUAUUAAUAAAUGAUGGUAUGUAACAUGGUGAAUAAAUGAUUACAGAUAAAAUUACCAAUAUACUAUUAUAUAAUUAUUAUUAUUAUUAAUAAUUUAUUAGUGUAUAUGUUUUCUUAUUUAUCAGUUAAUCUCAUUUUAUUUUCAUUCAAUACACACUCACACACACUAAAACCCAUCUGGUGUGUGUCAAGAUACGAAUUCAAACUUUGAGUUUGAGGUUUAAGUUAACGAAUAAUGAAGUUUAAGUUAAUGAAUAAUAUAAUCAAAAGACAAUAUUUAACAUAUAUUGAAUUUAAAGCCAUAGUAAAUGGUUAAAAGAUGUUACAGAUUGGAUGUGUGUAUGUACAGUACAAUACAUGUCGCGCGAGCUCUCACUUCCUAACCUCACGCCUCUCAGUACGGUUACUAAGCAACGGCUUCGCGCGCAACCUUGAGUCUCUCUCUGUCUCUCGAUUAGCAUUAGCGCUAGCGUCCAUUUCUUGUCAGAACUGCGCUUUUAGUGGUGGAAAACUUUUUUGAAGAAGAAAAAGAAGAAAUAAACCAAGUUUAAUAAACAAAAUGCCUGUAUCGGUUCAGCAGGCGUCUAAUGCUGUUUUAACCUGCCAAACAACCGGAAAUCCCCCUGAGUCACGCGGCCAAGACGACAGAAACACAACAUUCGAUGCAGAAAGUCCUCAGGCUGAGGAGAAAGAGAGUGAAGAGGAGCAAAAAGACAUGGAGAAUGGUGAACUGACAGAAGAAGACGUGUCUAAACAUCUCUCCAAUCUGGGCCGCUCGGCUACAGGACUACUGCAUGUCUACCUGUCUCUCUCUCUACCUGGGAAACGCUUGAAAAAUGUGUCCAUUUUGUCCAAUUAUAUCCAUCUUCAAAAACUCGAAAUCCCCAACAACAAAAUAAAAGAUUUAUCCUGCGUGAGCCAAAUGCCGUAUCUUAUCGUCCUCGAUGCUUCCCACAACGAAAUCUCCGACUUCUUUGGAUUCCAACCGCCUAAAAAUCUCAAGGAAGUGGAUUUCUCUCACAACCACAUUUCUUCAAUGAAGGAUUUGUCGGCCUAUACAUCACUUCGCAAGCUAAUUCUAGACUAUAACUCCAUUAGCGAAAUCCGAGGGCUGGAGAAGUGCAGCAGACUGACUCACCUCAGCAUGGAGCACAACAAGAUCUUGCGUAUUAGUGGCCUCAGAAAUCUUCCACUCCGACAGCUCUGCCUGAAGGGGAAUCUUAUAAAGAGGAUCGAGAAUUUACAAACACUCCAGAGUCUGCAAAUCCUGGACUUGUCUUCUAACAGAAUUCAAAGCCUGUCUGGUCUUCAGGACCUCCAUCUCCUGGGAAACAUCAAUCUUGAAAGCAAUAUGAUUGGUGAGAUCAAAGAGUGUACGUAUGUGCAAUACCUUCUGCUACUGAGAGAACUGAAUCUGAAGAGAAACCCAAUACAAGAACAACCUGACUACAGACUGGCAGUGAUCUUCAUUCUUAAUCACCUUACUGUCAUGGAUGAGAGGCCUGUGACUGUUGAGGAAAAGGUUUCGGCUGUCAACAAGUACGAUCCGUCUCUAGAGGUGGUGGCAGCCAGAGAUCACAUGAUCCACAUGAUGUACCAGCACAUGCAGCCGCAAGGCAUCUUUGACAGCACCCUGCCCAGUCUGGACACGCCAUACCCCAUGCUGGUCCUGACAGGGCCACAGGCAUGUGGAAAGCGGGAGCUGGCCCAUAAGCUGUGCCAUGAAUAUAGUGAAUACUUUGGUUAUGGGACUUGCCACACCACCAGGGAGCCCUACUUUGGGGAGGAAGAUGGCUGUGACUACCACUUUGUCCAGAAUGAAGAAUUUCAAAACAUGAUUCGUAUGGGUAAAUUUGUGCAGACGACACAGUAUGGAGGGCACUGGUACGGCUUGUCUCGAGAGGCCAUCGAGAGCAUGGCCAGGGAGGGGCUCGCCUGCUGUGUUCAUAUGGAGCUGGAGGGCGUGUUUAGUCUGAAAACCUCACACUUCGAACCCAGAUACGUCCUGCUGAUCCCGACUAGAACCGAAGACUACAUUUCACACAUGAAGGCCCGAGGCUUCUACACUGAGGGCCAGAUAGAGAAAGCCGUGUCACGGAUCGACUUCUACGCCAAAAUCAACAGAGAGCGGCCCGGCUUCUUUGACAGCGUGAUCCUUUGUGAUGAUCGCAAAGAGGCUUACAGGGCUCUGAGGCAGCUUAUAAAAGAGUACCUGGGUCUGGAGGAGCAGGAGAAAGAAGGUGGGCGGAGCAGCAGAGUUACACCUCAAAAUGCCACCACAGAUGAGGGUGGUGGGUCUACAGCAGCCAAGAAGCUAGACGCCAUCCUCACAGAUUCCUUCAGCCAAAAUUACUACAGCAAAGUCCAAGCCAGGCAGAAAACCUCAGCAGAACUGGCUUCUAUCCAUAGGAGACAGCAGAUGGUUCGAGAAGCCCUGGUGGGUAAGAUUCCCAGGGCCUACACACAGCUCUUUAAAAGAUAUGUUCACACAGCUCCAUCUUUACUGACGCCUCAUUCUCAGUCUGCUGAACAUAAUGAGGACAGCAGCUCAGAGGAAUCCUGCUCCAGCUCUGGCCUGUCCAUGCACAGCUCAGCAGGGGUACUGUCUAUGGGAAGCCCAGCUGAUGGCUUGGAUGCAGGGUCAGAGCCAAAGGUGGAGCCUCUGGAUGUCUCCCUGUUGGGGCAAAACCUGGAAACACUCAAAGAUCACAUGGAGCCAGGUCUGAGCCCAGAUUCGUCACUCUCAGCUCCAGAGCAAGCGUCCCCGACUGUUGUCUCCUCUCCGGGACGUCCAGGCUCCAAGGCCAAACCCAUUCUUCCCCCCAUCCCGAUGGGACGCAAGGCCGCUGAAUUCGGAUCUAAGCACCAGGAGACAGAGCAGGCAGGACAGGUGGAUGAUCAGAGUUAAACCCUCGUGCUCAUCCGUAGGCAGAUCAUACCGAGAGUAGUCAUGUAAAUCCUAAAAGCAAAACAUCUUCCCUUUCUGAUGUCCUGAAGAGCCCGAAGGCUAACUAUAGAUCAAUGACGUGACCAAUCUCUAAGAAUGUUUCCAUUUUCAUGCAGUCUUAGAAAUAAUGUUAUUACACUAAAUAAUACCAAUGUGAAAAUAAAUGAAUAAAUGAUUUUGAUAUAAAGGUCAUUGUAUGGUCCACAAUGAAGAUACAUAUAAUGUAAUAUAUGUAUGUAUGUGUGUGUAUAUGUAUGUAUAUAUAUGUAUGUAUAUAUAUAUACGCACACAGUACUGUGCUUUAGUACGAACUCUGUUGCAGAUUUUUAUUUUAUGACUUCUACAUUAUCGUGUCAGUACAAAAAACAUGUUAGAUUCCCAAACAUUCGUUUUCCAGCACAAAAUGAAAUGUUACAGAAAAAUGUUUGUAAGUCAUUGAAGGAAGCAGAGUAUUAAAUGGUAAGAGACACUUUUCAGACAAAAAAAAAUGAAUGAAGGCUGCUGGGUUUUGCUGCAAAAAUAAGAUGAAAGUGCGACAGUCAAAGUCUCCAGAAGAACCGUGUCUGGUUCUGUAAGAUGCUCAAUAAACCUUACAGCUCAUUUCCGUAUAAAACUGCACUAAUUCUACCUGAGACUACUAAUACAUUAUUUUCGAAGCAAAGGGUCGACACACCAAACAUUGACUUUGUUUAAUUUAUUUCUCUUUGCUGUUCUGUAUAGUAUAUUUUUAAAUGUAGAAACAUUUCAUUUCAUUUGAAGAAAAUUAUGUUUAUGUCAUUAUGUUUGAGGCAUCUUUGCUGUACAGUAUUUCUUUGCACGUGCCUAAGACAUUGCACUGUACUGUAGGUAUGUGUGUGUGUGUGUAUAUAUAUAUAUAUAUAUAUAUAUAUAUAUAUAUAUAU